AUGGUUAUUUGCUGGAAAGCUUGGGAUGCAAGGAACCGCGAAGCUCAUGGAGAGGAGGGGAUGAGAGGUCGAGAAUUGUGGAGCUGGAGCAAAAAUUAUCUUGACAUUUUUCGAUCCGCUAGCACCGUUCCAACUAUUCUCAAGAACCCUCCUCCUCGGGUGCAUUGGAUCCCUCCACCGGACGGAACUAUCAAGGUCAAUUUUGACGCCGCACUACCACCAUCCCUUCCACACUACAGGGUUGCUAUGGUUGCCAGAGACUUCAAGGGAAUCGCUAUUUGGUGGAGUGUUGACAUGUUCCUGGGAACAGUGCAAGCCGUAGAAGGAGAAGCUCACGCCGCACUUAAAGCAAUCCAAAAAUCAAAGACCAAGGGUUGGGCAUCGGUUAUAAUAGAAGGGGACUGCCGGCAGCUCAUUUCGGCAAUUGAUGAUGAAGACUCUACCUUAUGUCCUAUUGGUGCAUAUGUAGAAGAUAUCAGGGCACUUAUGUUAUCUUUCAAUUCUUGUCAAUUUUCUUUUGUUCCUCGCAAUUGUAAUAAGCUUGCGCAUGCUCUUGCGAACUCUAUAGAGCUUGCUAACUUGGAGGGUCCGAUCCUCCCCCUUAAAGUGGCACAUAUUGCCUAA